CAAAUUGUCAAUACAAGCCGACACUAGGUCGAGCCGUGGACGGAAAAAUCCGAACGUUUCCGUAGCUCGCCCGACUAGAAUGAAUCACUAGAAUCAUCACAAAAAAAAAUUACAAAAAUGGCAAGUCCAAGGACACGUCGAGUUUUGAAAGAAAUUAAACCAAAAGAGGAUAACAACACGUGUUUCGAAUGUGGGGGACACAAUCCACAAUGGGUCAGUGUCACCUAUGGCAUUUGGAUUUGCCUCGAAUGUUCAGGGAAACAUCGUGGUUUAGGGGUUCACAUAAGUUUUGUGCGUUCUGUGACAAUGGACAAGUGGAAGGAUGUAGAAUUGGAAAAGAUGAAGGUUGGAGGAAAUCGAAAAGCUAAAAUCUUUUUCAAAUCUCAAAAAGACUUUAAGCAAACUUGGUCAAUACAAGAAAAAUAUAAUUCAAGAGCAGCAGCUCUUUAUAAAGACAAGAUAUGUGCUCUUGCUGAAGGAAGAGCAUGGUCAGAGGAGUCAUCUUCUGCACGUGAUUGGACACCACCAGUAGCAAAUAAUUUUACAAAUAAUUUAUCACCUGGAAAUUCUGAAAAGUCUAAAAUGUCUAGUACUUCAUAUAAGGCUGGUGGAUCAGAUAUGGAAUUGAUGUAUGGCUUAUCAAAGGCUGAAAUUGAUUCACAAAAGAAUCAGUUUUUUGAAAAGAGAAGACAGGAAAAUGCUUCCAGGCCAGAGUCA